AGUGUCAGUUCCGUUUCGCGAUGGUCAGGCCGCAGAUCUCUUGAGUACCUCGCGUUAGUCUGUGCCGACAAUGUGUAAUCGUGUAUUUCGCUGUGCAUCACUUAUUACUCUACUUCUGCUGGCUGCAUCGCCACUCACCGGUGCAAGAGACGAUGCCAGAGAAUGCGCGUCAACCAGUCAGAAUCGAUGCGGGAUACAAGCACUUUCCGACAGGAUUGUGGGAGGCGAGGUGACAUCAAUUGACGAGUUUCCUUGGAUGGCCUUGCUGAGCUACACCGAUGAUGAUGGCGAGGAGACGUGGGGUUGCGGAGGAUCUUUCAUCGGCACACGAACCAUUCUCACGGCCUCGCACUGUCUUCUGCCCACGCUCACCUUUGUGCGCCUGGGAGAGCACAACGUGAGCAGCCCCGUGGACUGCCAGGAGUACACGGAUCAGCACGACAAAGAUUGCGCAGAUCCACCCAUGGACUUCCAUGACUUCGUGGUGCUGAAGCAUCCCAGGUGGUCGCCAGUGGCCAAGCAAAACGACGUGGGACUCAUUAAGCUAAUGCAGACACCUCCGGUGACGGACUUCAUCCACCCCAUCUGUCUCCCCUGCAGCGACAUUGCCACUGUUAAUGCCUCCGUGGCGGGAUGGGGCGCCAAUGAUGGCAUUGACACGCGCGCCACGAGCGAGAGCAAGCUUAAGGCAGUGCUCAAAAUAGUGGACCAUGGCAAAUGUCAGCUCUUCUAUCGCCAGUCAAAUAUUCGCAUUGAAAACCAAAUCUGCGCUGGUGGUGUGAAGGGCGUGAACGCAUGUCGAGGCGAUUCAGGAGGACCUCUGAUGAUAGCACGGAACAACAUAUGGUUCGUGAUUGGCAUAGUGUCGUUCGGGCCACAAAUAUGCGCCUAUGAACAUGGAGUCACGGCGCCGAGUGUCUACACGAAAGUAUUCGAGUACGGCGAUUGGAUUAGGAGCAACAUGGUUUAGUUUAGAGAGUGACAGAGUUGUUUCAUUUUAUUUUAAGAAAUAUCUUAGAACUUUCUCUGUUCCUGAGGAAGAAGUAAAAGAUGGACAACUGUUCUUUUUAGCUGGACUUUCUAGUUUAUUGUAGCGUGGAUUUAAUGGUAAAAAGUAACUCUCAUUUGCAAAUGGAUAAUGGUAUGAAAAGUCUUUCACCCGAGAGAGUGAAGUUUACGAAAUUUCUCAAGAAUUAUUCUGACGUGAAGCGAGAGAAAUUUAUUAUUAUAAAAUAUAAACAUUUCUUAGAAUUUUUCCACUCAUGUUAUAAGUCACUAAUUAUGGCACUUUAACUCUUUUCUACACCUGUAAUUUAAUUACAUAUGAAAAUAUGCAGAAAUACUUCUCUCAAUGGGCUUUUUUUACUCACACUUUUUUUUUCAUCUCCACACUUCCAGCAUGGAAAGGCACAAUUUACAAUGCGAAAACUCGUUCUUUCCUGUGACUCUCUUUCUUGCCAUCGAGGCAAUUUCGAGAAAAUUGUGAAAUAUUUCUUAGAGCUCGUGGAGAAAUUACAGAAAAAUCUACAUGCGA